AUGGAGGGUCUUAUUCCAUUUGUGUACAAAGCCAUAGUCCAAUACAAAAAUGGCAAAGAAAGGACUAAUAUAAGUUCUUGGUUUUGUGACUCACCUUCUUAUUCUUACAUGAAACUUCCCACCGGUGACUCCGGUCGGUUUCAAACUGUUUCGUCUUCUUCGUCUUCCUCAAACCCUACCAAAGUUAUCAUAUCUUCUUCGGGCGAUGAUCGUGACGAUGUUCGAUCUCCACGUCGCCGCUCGACCGGUUCAUGUAGGGUUUCGACAUGA